GUGUGCGGGGGUGCCCGGGCGGCUCCAUGUGGGGGGUGCUGCGGGCUGCGGGGCGAGUGCGCGGGCCUCUGCGCGCUGCCGCCUGCCGCCUCAUGGCCGCUUCGGGCCUGACCGCGGUGGCCCCGGGAUCCGCCAGCACCGCCGGCAUCAUCAUCAUCGGCGACGAGAUUCUCAAGGGCUACACGCAGGAUACAAACUCCUUCUUCAUGUGCCGGCGGCUGCGGGCUCUUGGCGUGAGUGUCGCCCGGAUCUCUGUGGUCCCCGAUGACGUGGAGGCCAUCGCCAGCGAGGUGGCCACCUUUGCUGCUCGCUUCACCUACGUGCUGACCUCCGGGGGCAUCGGCCCCACGCACGACGAUGUGACCUUCGAGGCCGUGGCUAAGGCCUUUGGGGAGCGUGUCGUCCUCCAUCCCGAGCUGGUGGCCCUGGUGCACAAGUUCUUUGGCAAGACGGAGGAACAGUGCCCUGAGAUGAAGCUGGCUCGCAUCCCCGAGUCCUCCCACCUCAAUUACGGCACGGACGGGCACACUGGCAGCACCUUCAAGUACCCGCUGGUCAGCGUGCGCAAUGUCUACAUCUUCCCCGGCAUCCCGGCCCUGAUGGAGCGUGCUCUGGAUGGCCUUGCUCACCUCUUUUGCAGCAAACAGACCCACUUCCACUCCCGCACCGUCUAUGUGGCAUCUGAUGAGAUGCUCAUCACACCGGUGCUGGACAGGGCUGAUGCCACCUUCCGGGGCCGUGUCAGCUUGGGCUCCUACCCAGACUGGACCAACAACUACUACCGUGUGAAGCUGACCCUGGACUCAGAGUCAGAGCAGGACCUGGAGGAAGCGUAUGGCUUCUUGAUGAGAGAGUUGCCACCGGGUGUUGCUGUGCCGUUGGUGACAGACUGCGUCUCUCCAGCAGCUGUGGAGGUUUAUGGCCUGGCUGAGUCAGGCUCAGCCCUGGGGCAGAAGGUGGCAGCGGCCCUGAGAACGAUCGAGGAGGCUUUGGACCAGUACAGCCUGGUCCAGCUCUGCGUGGGCUUCAACGGGGGCAAGGACUGCACAGCCCUGCUGCACCUCGUCCAUGCUGCUGUGCAGAGGCGGUUCCCAGCGAGGCAGGAGAAGCUGCAGGUGCUCUACAUUCGCAUUGUGUCCCCAUUCCCUGAAAUGGAGCAGUUCAUUCAGGCAGCAGUCCAGAGGUACGGGGUCCAGCUCUGCACUGUGGAGGGCUCCAUCCGGGAGGCACUGGCCCAGCUGAAGGAGCAGCAGCCCCAGCUGGAGGCUGUCCUGAUGGGAACGCGGCGCACGGACCCUUACUCACGCACCCUGACCCCCAUGUGUGUGACAGACCCCGACUGGCCCCCUUACAUGAGAGUGAACCCCUUGCUGGACUGGACCUAUCGGGACAUCUGGGAAUUCCUGCGCAAGCUCUUUGUCCCCUACUGUAUCCUCUAUGACAAGGGCUACACGUCCCUGGGGAGCAUGACCAACACCAAGAAGAACCCAGCCCUCCGCUGCAUCAAUGCUCAGGGCCGGGAGAGCUACCGGCCUGCCUAUGAGCUGGAAAAUGAGGAGGAAGAGCGCACCUCCCGCCAGUGAAGGCCACGCUCUGGGAGCCUCCACUGGAAUGCUGCUGGGAGUGACACUCAAUAAAGUUGCUGCCUGUCAGCACUAAAUAAA